AUCACCUCCGAAGUUGUUUCCAGUCAGGAGCGAAUGGGAUUCGGAAUUCCAGGGCAAAGGCUCAAGAGAAGGGGAAGCUGAGCUAUUGGAAGGGAGGAAGGAAGGAAGAUCUUUGUCAGGAUGGAACUGUGGCAGGACAAGGUGGUGCUGCCGGCUGCGGCUGCUGCUGCUGCGGCUGCUGCUGGUGGUGGCCGAGGGAAGGCGCUAGGCUCUGAGCGGAGGGUCCAGGGGGAGAGGUAGUAGCUGGCUAGGCUGGGGCUGGAGAAAACUGGAGUGCCAGGUUCUGCGGAGGUGGAGGUGGGGGUGGGGGGACCCUGGGGCCAGAUGGGCGGGCGAUUACCAGCCCCCUUCCCCUCCCUCGGGGCGGGCCGGCGCAUGCCCCCAAACCCGCGGUGCUGAGUGCGGAUGCCGCGCUGUGGUGGUCCCGGAGCCCGGGAGGGACGCGGUGCGUGGCAACUGCUCGGGCUUCGGCAUGUUCACCUCCGCCCGAAGGAGCUUUUCCAUCGAGGCGCUCGUGGGUACCCCCUCGGAGCCACUGGUGCGCUCUGCGCCCGCCAGGCCCUGCGCCUCGGCCACUUGGACUGCUGCUCGCCUGCUAGUCCCGGAGCCUCCGGUUGUUCCGGACCGCGGGGCCAGUGGUCGCCUAGGUCCCGCCCCGCCCGGUCCCCGGGACCCGUGCAGUUGUUGCCCUUGGCUUCUCCGAAGCCGCUUGUGGACGCCGAGCUUCUCGGAAAUUCAUUCUGCUGAGAACCUGAUGCUUUGUGGGCCCUUUACCCGAAAGCCCAAAAGGAUCCGAACAGCUUUUUCACCAUCCCAGCUCCUGCGACUAGAAAGAGCCUUUGAGAAAAAUCACUAUGUAGUCGGAGCAGAGAGGAAGCAGCUUGCAAACAGCUUGUGUCUAACGGAAACUCAGGUAAAGGUAUGGUUCCAAAAUCGUCGAACAAAACACAAAAGGCAGAAGAUGGAUGAGGAAUGCCCAACAGCUGAGGAGAAGAGGAAGCCUGGACAGCUCAAGAGUCAGUGGCAGGUGGCUGCUAGGCAGGGCACUGAUGAGGACAUUGAUGUGACAUCGGAGGAUUAGGUGUGCUCUUAGGGACGGGAAAGUACUUUCUUAUGAAAGGAUGCUUGAAGCCUGGUCCUCGGACAAGUUUGAUGGCUGAAGCAGGACCCUCUUUGGGCUGAAGGAGUUUAGGAAUUUUCCAAUGAUAUCUUUAAAAAAAUACCACCACUACCACCACCAGGAAUCUGUUUCUGAAACUAACAGACUCUCAAAACUUCAAGGCAGCAAACUGGAAAAGUUGAAGGUUUUCAUGGCUAGGAGUGGAGGCACAUGCCUGCAAUCCUGCUACUGACUCAGCUGAGGCUGCCAUAUUGCUGGCGCUCAGGAUCUACAGUGUGCCACACCAAUCAGGUGUCCACACAAAAUCUGACAUCAAUAUGGUGCGCCCCAAUAACCAGAGACCACCAGGAUGCUUAAAGAGGGAAGAACCAACAGAGUGGGUCAUCGGGCCCAUUCUGAUCAGUAGUGGAAUUGGGCCUAUGAGUGCUCAGGGCUCUUCCAUUCUGGGUGAGAUAAGGAGCCUAUAUUAAAAAAAAGUUUUACCAGGAAAUUGGCAUUUUUUGCUUUGAGAAUAUAAUCUGGAGCUCCAGAUAACCACAUUGAAGAGAAGCUGGUGGAGCUACUUCAUUUAAGAUACCCCUCAAGAAUCCAAAGGUUGGAGAAGUCUCUUCUGGAACGAAGAGACCUCAGAGAAAGCUGAUUCAUGAUAAGGCUUGGCCUCUCUGGCCAUCUUGUCUGAGCAAGGUUCUCUCAGCCAUGCUCUCUCACAUCCCUUCAAUUCAUUCAUUACUUCAGGUUUGUGGCUAAAGAGUCAGAUUGGAAAAGGAGGCCCCGAUUUACUCAGACAACCUCUUUUUUUGGUAACUGACAGACAUGGGGCAGCCUGGUGUUUUAUACACAUCAUAUAUAUAUAUAUAUAUGUAUAGAUUGAUACCUUCAUUGCUGUAUGCUUAUCAAUGGAUCUAUGAUCCCUUCCUUCUCUCCAUUGCUGCAGAUCCUCCCCACAAGCCUUUUCAUCUUGUGUGAUACUUGCCUGUGUUCACCCAUCAAUCCUCCACAGGGUAUUUUUUUUUCCAAUUUUUCCAAUGUGUUGGGAGACCUUUCUAGGUCUCUUUACAUUUCAUAGAUACCAGGGUAAUACUUGGGCUAGCCGCUCUCCCUCAGCCUUGGGCUCUUGCUGCUUUCCCAAACAUAUAUUUACUGAAUAUCAUCCCUCAUGCCUCUUGGAAAUAUGUGGACAUACAGCAUGACCUGUGUCCACAGAUCACGUGUCUAUACUUUGACCUUUGAUUUCCCUUAUAACUUUAUUCCCAGCUUUUCCACCUUACAGCAAUCCCAUGGUGAAUGUGUUAAAAAAAGAUGGGUUUUGGUGUUGUGCCAGGAAGCUGCAUUAAAAGCACUGUGCCUUUUCCCAAGGAUAGUCCAUCCUUCUCUCUUCCUCCUAUUGAAUUCUGAGCCUAAUGCAUCUAGAUGCAGUACCUGUCUCAGGUAUAUGUCUGGAUGCAUUAUGGGGAAGGUCAAGUUUAAGAAUUCUGUGAGCUUCCCUAUUGUGUCACUCUCUAGUGAUGGGAUGUAUACUCUUCUCUGCUUAUCUCUUUUCUUGGUUUAUAGUGCUUGACUCAAUAUUUUUCCAUUCUCUGGUGGCCUUCUGUUGCUGUCUGGACAAUACAAAGAAGUCAGUUUGAAUUUCAUGAAAUUUGUAAUAUUUUCGCAGGAGGUUUCUGACAAUAAAUCCCUCUUCCACUUGGGGACUAGUAGAGGGAAUGGUUACAAGUCCUCUGCGGUUAUCACUGACUUUACCUCCUUCAAACUGGCAAGGAAGAUGGAACAAAUCUGCCCUGUUGCCCAUAUGAAAUAUACCUCAUCUGUGUAUGAUAUUUAGCUUGUGAAAUCUCACAACCCUAAUGUUUGGAUCAGAAAGGAAUAUUUUAUUCCAUUUAAUGGAAGAAUUAAAUAUUUUGGUGCAUAAAUU